GUGUCGGCCCCCCUGGCCAGGCUCAGGGCCCCGGUCGCGGGGAAUGUCCCGGGCGGAGUUCGCUGAGAAGCUCGCUCUCCUCUACCCGGCUCCACUGCUGUCUCCAGGGCUUGAGGCUCGCCGCUUUCCGAAAUGGCCGAGCAGCCGGACAAACCCGUGAAGUACUAUACCCUGGAAGAGAUCCAGAAGCACAACCACAGCAAGAGCACCUGGCUGAUCCUGCACCACAAGGUGUAUGAUUUGACCAAAUUUUUGGAGGAGCAUCCUGGUGGGGAAGAAGUCUUAAGGGAACAAGCUGGAGGUGAUGCUACUGAAAACUUUGAGGAUGUCGGGCACUCUACAGAUGCUAGAGAAUUGUCCAAAACAUUUAUCAUUGGGGAGCUGCACCCGGAUGACAGAUCAAAGAUAACCAAGCCUCCGGAAACUCUUAUUACUACUGUUGAUUCUAAUUCCAGAUGUUGGCCCCUCACUUUGAAAAACCUAUAUAGAGUUUUGGGGAGACUCUUCCACCAGAAUCUACACUGAAGUAAUGAAUCUGUG